UAUACUUUGACGCUCCGUAUACGAUACGAGACUUAGGGCCAGUUGCAUCAACCACAUUUGACAUACACAUCAUCGUCACGCAGACGACGUCUAUGGAACUUCUCAUACCAUAAAAUUUAACGAAAGCUUUAACGGUGACAGACAUUUGAUGCAACCGGCCCUUAGCUCGUAGUUAAUCUCUCUCUAUCGUUAAUAAUGAUUGGGUAACAAUCUUUAUCAGAUAUAUUGGACCGCCGACCAGAGCAUCCAAAAACAUUUGGACGUGCAUUCUAGCACUUUGCCAAUAAGAGAAUCAGAUAUUUGUAAACGCCUUAGCUGAUCCGACACAGCAAGUCACAACAAACAGUAGAGAUAAUGGUGGUUUUUAAGGAACAUUUCUUGGAAAUACACUCACUAUACAAAUGAAAUUAGUUUUUAUUUGUCGCUUAUAAAUUACGACAUUAUUUUUCCCAUAUUUAAGUUAAGUAUUUACGGAAAAGGAAAAAUCAUUCCUCGUGCCAUGUAUUAGUGCUCUAGGAGAUAUUACCCUGUUUACCCAUCAUCAUCAUCACAGGUCUUUGCGUCUAUUGCAGGCGAAUUACACAUUGCAGCUUCGACAACGGGUUUGGUGACUGUGGAGGCCACGGUUUGGCGACCUGCCACAUUUCUACCCAAAUGUAGACUUCGCGUAAUGCAAGAAGGAGCGAAAGUGAAAUAUUCCAACCCGGCGUACAUAACCGACGUGCAAGUUUUCACGGUCCGGCGCCGGCGCAACGAUCCGUACCUCACUAAUAUUACUGCCACCAUCCACGUGCCUUUUGGCAACAACGUUACAGUAAAGUUCUCCUACUUGUUGCCAAGUGGCAACACGGUGGACUUUAGCAUUCGUACUUGUGAUUCUAUUAAUAAACCCUGGAUGUAUGAAUUUGCGGCAACGUACUCUAAUUUAACUGAAUGUCCUGUUAAACCAGGUACAUAUCGCUACUUCAACGUGGAAAUCCCUCCGAAGAACUUUCCCCUCCCCCUCCCCCCGGGACUCAAGAAAGGGGACAAAGGGAACGUGAAUGUCAAACUGCUGAGGAACGGAAAGGAACCUAUCUUGGAUCUGUUCACCACUGUCCGUGUGUAUUGAUAGUAAUAUCAGUAACCUACAGAUGUCGCUGCUGGUCUGUUUAUUUAAAAGCUAAGGUGAAGUACCAAAGUUCGUGUUCAUACCCAUCUCAAAUGAGCAUAAGCGUGGACGAGGUGGGAUUGCGUGCCCAGCGAGUUACCAAGAAAGGG